GUGCCUCCGCGGGUGGUGGCUGGCGCGAAGAGGGGCUGGGGCGGGGGCGGCCGCGCGGCCAGGAGCCGCAGCAGGAGCCGGGGCGACAGGGGGCGAGGGCGGGGCGGCGGCGGCAAGGGCGGCCGGAGCCGCUCCCGCAGCAGCAGCAGGAGCGGGCGCGGCCGAGACGGGGGCCCGAGCAUGA